AAAACUUUUGUGUUUUGAAUCGCCAUGAUCAAGAGAGCAGUUCUAUGGGAUGAAGCUGACGACGAUUCAGAUGAAGAGAUUACUCAUCACCAACAGCAGAAGCUAGAGAGGCGCCUGCUGCCUGGUGCAGAAAGAGGCGAAGAUGACGAGGGAUCUGAGGAAGAAUCCGCUGACUCUGAUCCGCCCGUGCCCCCGGAGGAGCCUGCCUUCAGAGGCAAGUUCCGUUGUCAGUUGUGUCCGGAAAAGAUUCUGAUCAAUGAGAAGCACAUGGAGGUUCAUUUGCAAAGCGCUUAUCACAAGCGUAAUGUGCAUCGCUUUGAAAGAGCAAAGGCCAUGGGAGUUGAAGCGUUUGAAGCAGAGUGCUUGGCAAAGGCAGAGGCGCGUGAGAAAGCUUCGACUAUGCCCUCCCGAAAGAACCAGAAAAACCGAGAGUUUUGGCAACGACGAAAGGCAGAGAAAAAGGCUGCAAAGGCAAAGAAAAAGGAGCGAAAGACGGUUGCAGCUGCAGGAAAAGGCAAGGUGAAGAAGGCCCAAAGUAAGGCCGCCAAAGAAGGAUGAACCGCGAU